CCUUUCAAGCUCAGGAGAGUUGAUACAUUGAGUGUCAACCAUGUUUUUGUCACCUCUGUCCUAGAAAAGUUUAAGGGUAGGAACAUUCCUUUUCGAAGCCAUGGCCCGCCAACGAGCUGGUCAAUCACGCUUCAAACUGUUAGUUGCUAUUGUGAUUGUCGUGCUGUGCUUCUUGCACCUGCCAAUCAACGGCUCGCAAACUCUAGCAGUACCAGGUUCAGGCAGAGAAACUACUAGAGCAAGCCUAGAGAAGUUGACAGUGAGAAAACUGAAGACAAAGCUGCGCGAGAAGGGUUUGAAGGUGUCAGGGCGAAAAGCAGACCUUGUGGAGCGGCUGGUGAAAUACACGGCAAUGGAGUCAAUGGAGAUAAAGAGGGUGAGAAGUGGCAAACGUAAGAUUCCACAUCCACUGAAACUCGCUGACCCUGCUACCGAUGUCUUCAUCCCUUUGGACGAAACAGUUCAACAGCUUGAAGCUCUGUUGCAAAAGAAGAGGGUUGUUUUUCUUCGUGCUGGUGUGGCUAGCGGCAAGUCUACAUUGGCGCAUUAUCUUUGUAGAGAGCACCCGUUUAAGUAUUUGCAAGUCUAUCCUCCUGCUUUUGAUAGUUUGACCUCUCAGCACUGGCAGAUACAGUUCAUGGCAGCUUUGGAGAACGAGCCUUCCGCUCCUGAUGUAGCGAAACGAAGCAUGGAAGAUGCAGUCAAAUAUGUACAUGACAAUGAUCGGGUGCUGGUCUUUGAUGAGUGCCACUUGCUCUUCAGUUGUCCGGACUUCUUAAACAUGUUCUUGAAACCUGGACACCUAUGGCAGCCUCCCAUGAUGUUGUUGCUAUCAGCUGCAUCUGAAGCUGUGGACAUGCAUGGAGCUAUCUCACGAACACCUGCGGAAAUUACUGCAAAGUUCAUCUGGACCCCCCCAAUGCCAGAUGCCAAAGCUCUUGUUAAUCAACUUGCCCAGGCUGAUGUGUAUUUGUCUCAAGAUGCGAUUGAGUUCUUUCUGACCUUUUGUUGUGGACACAGAGGCCUCUUCAUAAGAAGCAUGGAAUGGGUGCAGGAGAAGCAGAGCGCAGAGCAGAGGAACAGCACUCCGUGGAAUUUGACUCGCGCCCUUGGCGAGGCUAGCCAAGCAUGGGACACAGAGAAUUGGAUUUACGCCCCAGAUGAUAGCUUGAUGGGGAAACUUCAGACCAUUCGAGCCAUUCGUGUGAAUGGGUAUUUUGCAAGCUUGGAGAACAUACCAGAACAAUUCGUGAAAAUCUUGUGCGAGGGUCCAACUGACGAUAUCGACAUACCUGUCCGCCGCAUGCUCGCAAUUCAUGGUUUCGUACUUCCUACUCUGCGAGACAACAUGGGGGCGGAGCAAAAUGAGUUUCAGGAACUGGACUGGGCAUGUCCCGGGGCAAAGUAUGGUGUCGCCAAUUACCUGAUGGCUUCCUAUUACCGCCAAGCGCUUGCAAAAAAGCGGCAGCUGACAGUGGAGAUAGACACACACCCAGCUAGUUGCAUAGAUUUUCUUUUGCGAGCGCUGCCCUCCUUGCUUUUUGCGGAAGUGGUGGCCAUCAGUGUGAAAGACCACGGCCAGGCAGUUUUUCAUUCUGAUAUUUCAGGAGAAGAGCUCCCAUUUGAGGUUCAUUACACCUUUGCUUUAAUUCGCGUGUUGAAGCGCUUGGGAUUUCGAACCGUAAGUAGUUUGGAGAGCCCACCUGAUGGGAAGGCUUACAUCUAUUAUACAACGCAGGACUGUUCAGCUUUCGCCAUUGAAGCGGUCGUGGCUGCUCGCGGACGAGCUGCGAUUGAAGAACAUCGAAAACGCUUUAAGAAUGUGUCGAAGACAAACUACGCAAAUGCCAAGCACAAGUGUUUGCUAAUCAUUGGAAGGAAGGGCCACCAAUUGAGAAAACUUGUGCAAGACACGUGGGGUGGUUUAGCGGGUAUAGAGAUUGUUGGACUUGCUGCCAAUUCAGCACACACCGGCUACCAUGUCUAUGUCAAGCAGCAAGAGCAGCAAGGUAAGGAAGUCUUGGACUUCUACAUCCCAUGCGAUGGAGUUGCAAGGAGCUUUUCCUUCAAGGAUGAAGAACCAUUCUUUGAGAUCAGUUCUGCCCAGAAGUUCAAAUCCAUUCAGCCAGGACGGUGAUACAUUCGAGCAGAUUGGCAACGCUUUCCCAAUUGACCCAGUGCACUCCAAUAUUGCCUACUUGAAGAAAGCAAUCAAGAAGGAGGAACUAUCCAUUGCGCCUUCCAAAAUUGAUAUUUUUAGCCAACAGGAUGGAAGUUGGAUUAGAGAAGAAAAGAUGUCGGCAAGCCUUCGACAGAUUGCUAUGGCUUCACAUUGCCAUCAGCGUGAGUGCAGUUGUGCACACAGCGGGUGAAGAAACAGUGAACCAAGAAGCUGUUCAAGAUACGUUUCACUCGGGCAAUGUAUACGCCCAAGCACAGCCACGAAUCCAACCAUGCAUCGUGAGAAAAGGUAAGUGCUUGAUUUUGAACCG